GUAGUGACUAGCGAUAACCAAUAACUAUCGGUUGAUAGUUAACUGUCGUAACGGAUGCACGUUCGUAUAGUAUGCUUCUCGACUAUCUAUACAGUUAUACGUUUUAUUUUUAAAUUGUACGUGUCUUAAUUACUUUUAUACCUCUGUUUUAUUUUGUUAUAGAGGACACUAACUUACUCUUCUGAUAAAUUGGACGACAAAAUGAUCAAAUCCAUCUUUCAAAUGAAAUCUUCACAAAACAAAAUUAAACCACCUUUUUAUCAAUUUCGUGAGGAAAAUUCACAUUAUUUAAGAUUAAACGGUACAUUUAAUGAAAUAGUAGCCACUAUAUAUCUAAAUGAAACUUCUUGGAAAACUGAUCAUAUACUGGAAGCUUAUAGACAAUUAUUGGCAGACUUAACAAGUGCAAAUGAUAAUUUAAAGCUGGCAACCGGAAUGUUUGUCGAUACAGAUUUCGAUGUUAAAGAUAGUUUUGUGGAAAACUCUAAGAAAUAUUUAAAAUCUUCAAUGGAAAAAUUAGAUUUCAGAAAUGACCCAGAACGACAGCGUCAAUAUUUAAAUAAUUGGGUUUUAAUCCAAACAAAUAACAAAAUCAAAGGUUUUUUUUCCUGCAAAGAUUCAAUUACUCAAGACACUUCUUUAGUAUUGGUGAAUGCUGUGCAUUUUAAAAGUGAUUGGGCACAUAAAUGUAUAUACGUUUAUGAUGGCUCUUUUUAUGUGACUCCAAGAAACAAAGUAACAGUCAAAAUGAUGUCUCUCAUACGUGAUUUUCAAUACUUACAUGAUACUGUUCUGAAAUUCAAAGCACUCGAAUUACCUUAUAAACACCAUGGUUUUAAAAUGACAAUUUUACUACCCGAUGAUAAAAAUGGUUUGAAGAAUCUAGAAAAUAAUUUUUCAAAAUUUAAAAUACAUGAGAUUUCAGAGAAAAUGACCCAAAAUUAUGUUAAGGUCAAAUUACCUCGUUUCAAAAUAGAACAGUCACUGGAAUUAGAUAAAACAUUAUCCAAUCUUGGAUGUUCAACAAUGUUUACACCUGGAGCUGCAAACUUUUCUAACAUCGUUGAAAAUGAUGAACUGUAUGUGACUAAAAUCUUGCAUAAGGCAUAUAUUGAUGUGGAUGAAGACGGAACUGAGGCUGCAGCAGUUACAAGUUUGAUAUUUAAGAAAGGGUCAGGACUUUCUAAAGAUUUCAUUGUUGAUCAUCCAUUUAUAUUUUUUAUUUCAACUAGGUGUAAUUUUAUUUUAUUUGUAGGUCGAAUGACUAAAAUUGAUUAAGUGGCACAACAUUAUUUUAUUAAUUUUAAUUGACAAUAUAUUUUAGGCACAGCAUUAUUUAUUUUGUAUCAUAAAUAUUACGUUUUUUAAAUUAUUUUGUCAACAAAUUUUAUUGAUUUAUAAUAAUAACUAAAAAGAUAAUAAAUAUUAUUUAUUAGAUAAAUUUAACAAUCUGUAAUGCGUUUGAUUCUUGUAAGUUGAAAAAAAUUACAACAAUAGGGGUUGUAUUCAUAGUCGAUGCUUAAGAAUAAUUAUUGUUUAUACUAAUUUUGAUAAUUUAAAAAAUAAAAAAUGUGUGAUAAUAAUUAAAAGACCAACCUUAACUAACGCA